CACUGCCAACACAGUUGGAACGAGACAAGAAAGAUGUCCGCCCAACGCCAAGCCUCCUCCGCCUCCCAAACCCCGCACCUCUCCCCAGCAGAGCUCUCCUACCUCUACACAUCCCUCUCCCUCCCCAACGCCCCCAUCCGCCCCGACGGCCGCUCCGCCACACAGUUCCGGCCCCUCGCCGCCGAAACGGACGUCCUGCCCGGCGCGAACGGCAGCGCGCGGGUCGGCUUCGCGGACGGGACGCAGGCCGUCGUGGGCGUCAAGGCUGAGGUUGAGAAAACUGUUCUGGGGUCGGAUACGACGGCCGCCGCUGCUGCGGCCGGUGAUCAUGAUGGUGAGGGGGUAGCUGGUGGGGAUGGACAGGCGCCCGGGCAGGGUCAUGGCUCGUGGGUGCAGAUGUCGAUUGAGAUUCCGGGGUUUCGGGACGAUGAUGCGUUGCCGGUUUUUUUGGCGGAGAUGAUGCGCGAGCCGCUUGUGGAGAGUGUUUCUGAUGCGAAGGGGAGUGGUGGGGGGAUGACGGGGGGGUUGAAGGCUAGGUUGGUUAUUAAUAGGAGGUGGCAUUGGAGGUUGUAUAUUGAUGUUCUACUCCUCUCGCAACCUCUUUCCUAUCCCCUCCCGCUUCUCUCUUUAACGACACACCUCGCGCUUCUCUCGACGAAACUACCGAAAUUGAAAUCGCAAGGCGAGGAGGAUCCGUUUUUCGACGACGAUUGGAACGCCGCGGAGUAUCUGUAUCCGCGCUCUGCGACCCCCUCGCUCAAACAGCAGCAAGUGCGCCCCCCUGUCACGCUGCUCGUCAUUGCAGUCGGCGAAAACGUCAUCUUCGAUCCGAACAGGGAGGAAAUCGCCGUCGCGGACACCGUCCUCGCUGUGUCGGUCACGCGCAAUGAUGGCUCAGACGGUCUGAAAUUACUAUCUAUCCGCACGGUGGAUCCCCCGUCGCGGUUAACGCAGCCGGGUGUUCCGAAUGCGGAGAACGCUGCUACGGGAGGUGCAGCCACUGGAGGAGGUGCGACAGAGUCGGGCGAAGUCCCUGGUGUGUGGCGCCCGCGGAGAGGAGGCGUCAAGCGGAGUACGAUUGCACGCAUGGCGAAGCUAGUGCUGCAGAGGGGGGGUGUGGGGGAGGAGGUGCUCGAGGGGUUGGAGGGUGUGCAGGUGGGGUGA